UAUUGUAUUGUAAUUUACUGCAUGAAUUCACAAAAUGUGGUGGCUUAGAUGUAUUGCCGUCUUCCUACUUAUUCAUUAUGCAUGGCUUUGUGAUGCAGACUUGGAAUUCAUUUCGGUUAACCCCUCAAACCAACGGUUCAUUGACGAGCAAGGACGAGAAAGGUUUUUCCACGGCACAAACAUCGUUGUGAAACACUUUCCAUGGCACCCAAAAACAGAAGGAUUCUCACCAGAAUCUUAUUCUGAGCAAGACAUGCAGUUGCUUCAGUCGCUCGGUUUAAAUGUUCUUCGUCUUGGUUUUAUGUGGCCUGGUGUUGAGCCCCGACGUGGAUAUUACAAUGAGACAUAUCUUAAGGUAGUUGAAAGUAUGGUGAAACUCUCAGCAAAAUAUGGAAUAUAUGUCCUGUUAGAUAUGCACCAAGAUGUCAUGUCCAGGAAAUUUUGUGUAGAAGGCUUUCCAGAUUGGGCUGCUAACCCUGGGAAUGCAAGAAAAUUUCCAGAACCGAUCCAUGCACCAUUCUCUCUUGACCCGGAAACCAACUAUCCCUCGGACGAGGAUUGUGCGAAGUUUGCCUGGGCCACAUACUACUUCUCUGAAGCAGCRUGUGUUGCGUUUCAAAAUCUGUAUAAUAACACCGAUGGUCUGCGGGACAGAUGGGCAGCAUUCUGGGCGAAAGGCGCUGAAACAUUUAAAGAUUACCCUAAUGUUAUCGGUUAUGAACUGAUAAACGAGCCUUGGGCUGGAGAUAUCUAUGCAGAUCCACUGUUGAUGGUACCCAAAAUAGCCGAUCGUUUAAACUUAGCCCCGGCAUAUGAAGUGCUGAGUAGAGCUAUCCGAGCAAUAGAUGAUAGACAUUGCAUCUUCUUCGAGCCAGUUACAUGGGAUGAUUACGGGGUGGGAUUUGAAGAGGUUCCUGGUGGACCAGACUAUAAGAACCGUAGUGUUUUAAGUUACCAUUACUACCACUUACCCACUGGGCCAUCAGGUCCAGUAGACAUCAACUUUCAAGUGAGACAAGAUGAUCUUAAGAGACUGAAAUGUGGUGGGAUGCUAACUGAAUUCUUAACAUCGGCUGGAAAUCUAUCAAGCACCUUAAAGACAAUGUCUGUUGCAGAUAAAUACUUGCAGUCGUGGAUAGGAUGGGAUUAUAAGCCAUAUUACCCUCCUCACAGACACAUACCGCACAAGAGACCAAGUUUGUGGAAUGAACAAGGACCUGAUCCUAUCUAUGUCCAGAAUACCUCCCGUACCUACCCACAAGCAGUAGCAGGACAUGCAAAGUCAUACAGUUUUGACCCUGCUACCCURGAAUUCCAUUUGACAUAUGAUAUAUCAAGUGCCUGUUCAUCUAAGCUGACAGAGAUAUAUUUUAAUCAGGAACAAUACAAUGCUAUUGGAGGGGGGUUUCUUGUAUCUGUUGAGCCCAAGUCAUCAGUCAAAUGGUCAAGUCCMAGUAAAAACAUUGUACACAUUGAGCACAUGCUAGAAAGUGGUACCAUUAAAGUAACUAUGAUUCCUGGUCAAGAUGGAACUCAGAAUUAUUCUUCCUUGCUGUGAGAUUACCCCUGGGUUCAUGAGGAUGCUAUUUGCUGUGCAAGAGAGGCAAACUACGAGUAGCAUACACAACAUGUGUCUGCCACUAUGCUGCUUAAGAAUCUAUUUGAGUAGUGUAGUCAAAGAUACUUUGCAAUAAAAUUUCAAUUUACUUCCGGUCAAAUUAUAAAAUGCUGGAUCUGCCCCUGUAGUAUACCUGAUCCUUUACCCCAUAAACCCUAAUAAGUGUUAGAGUWAUAUACCAUAAAGUUUCACAUACCAUCUCUGAUAAAUAUAAAUAACAAAUACAACAUCAUCACGAAAACAUGCUAAGCGAUGACUGGUUGGCAUGGUGAUAAUGAAGGCAAAUACAUCGUCAAUGAAAGUAUUAAAUGCCUAAAAAAUYAAAAACACCUGGUGAAAAUUAUGAAAUUAAAUCAUGAUUUUUAGGAAUUAUUCUCAACUGUCUCAACAUUACAUCAUUAUUAUACCUUAUACAUGAGUGCUUUCCAGGGAAGAUGAGCAACUGAUUUCAGCUUAUGAUACAAAGACAGUACAGAAUGUUAAACUUAGAKAAACAGAUAGCAGUUCCAUAUAAAAAGUACAAAGCAGCUAGAAACCUGACAUGGAUAAAUGACAUUAUUAACUUCUAAAUGCAUAUUAUACUUACUCGAUAGUUAACAAACAGCUGAGGCAACAUAAACAAGAAUCCCACCACAUAAAUACCUGUUGGUGCAAAUAUAAUAAUAAUCUUUGAGACACUGCUGAGUAAAUAAGGCCUUUGUCAAAACAAAUGAUAUAUUUACCAUUUACCAGGCUUUUAAUGAACCAUGAAUACCAACUAAUAAAAUACAAUAGAAAGUUA